AAGCACCAAUGGAAAACUCUGAAAUCUCAGUGGAUGCCAAGUCCAUAAAAAAUUCAGAAAUAAAGAUCAUACAUGGCAGCAAAUCAGUGGACUCUGGAAUAUCCUUGGACAUUCGUUACAAAAUGGAUUAUCCUGAAAUGGGCGUGUGUUUAGUAAUUAAUAAUGAAAAUUUUACGUAUAAUGGAUUGUCAACUCGAAAUGGUACAGAAGUAGAUGAAGCGAGCCUUCAGGAAACGUUUACAAAUUUGAAAUAUGAUGUCAGGAUCAAAAGAGACCUUACCUGUGAUGAAAUUAAGAAAUGUCUGCUCAGCGCUUCUCAAGAAGAUCAUAGCAAAAGGAGCAGUUUUAUCUGUGUGCUGCUAAGCCAUGGUGAGGAAGGAGAGUUGAUCUUUGGUACAGAUGGACCUAUUGACCUGAAGUUACUGACAGGUUUCUUCAGAGGGGAUUGUUGUAGAAGUCUGGCUGGGAAACCCAAAAUUUUCAUUAUUCAGGCCUGCAGGGGCACAACACUAGACUCUGGCAUACAGGCUGACAGUGGUUCAGAGGAGGACAUGGUCUGUCAGAAGAUACCGGUGGAAGCUGACUUCUUGUAUGCAUAUUCUACACCUCCUGGUUACUUAUCCUGGCGUAAUGACAUGGAUGGAACAUGGUUCAUUCAGUCACUUUGUUCUAUGUUGAAGCUCUAUGCUGAUAAACUUGAGUUUAUGCAUAUACUUAUCCGGGUUAAUCAAAAGGUAGCAAAAGAAUAUGAGUCCUUUUCCACGGAUGUAGCUUUCCACAAAAAGAAACAGAUUCCAAGUAUUGUGUCUAUGCUCAGAAAAGAACUAUAUUUUACCCCUAAGGAAAAGAAUUAA